AUAGAGGGGACAUAGUCUGGGGGCAGCUGCACGCGCUGCUAACAAAUCCUCAAGAUAAAAUAAAUAAAAGAUAAUAAACAUGAAAGCAAAGGUUGAAUCGAGGUAAAAAUCCGGCCAAAAAACAAAAUAAAGAGUUUAUGGUGCACGAGGACGUCGCGUGCGAGUUUUAAAAAGUUUAUAUUUACAUUCUCCUGCAAUGCUGCGUAGCUCUGCGUCUCUGGGAUGAAGUUUUAAAUUUAGUUUUUAGUCUGUUUGUUUUGCACUACAGAGAGAGAAAAGCAGCAGCUGUUGAAAGAAAGUCGCCGAGUGGGAGAGUGAGUGCGGUGGGGGUGGCUGGGGUAGGGGGGUGGGAGGGAGGGUAGCAAGGAGUGGGGCCAAAACCUACACUCGCGCUAGAGAGGCUGGACACGGAGCGCGAGAGCGGGCGAAGAAGAGACUGUCCGAGGAUGACUCUGGGCACGGACGCGUCCGACGGCUCGGCGCCGUCCGCGGACGACGUGGAGGACAUCGACGUGGUUGGCGGCGACGUGGCGACGACGCAGGACGGGAGGUACGCGCCGCGCCUCGCGCCUUUCCGAACGGACUCGGAGGUGGACGACGACGACGACGACGAUGACCCGGACGACGCGUCCAGGCUCGCGGCGGCCGCCAAAGACGGCAGCGGCGAGAGCGUCGUGGUCGUUGGUGGCGCGGAAAGUCCGGGCGAGUCCGUGGCCGCCGCCGCCACCGACAAGGCGUCCAAGAACGCGCUGGUGAAGCCGCCGUACUCGUACAUCGCGCUGAUCACCAUGGCCAUCCUGCAGAGCCCCAAGAAGCGGCUCACGCUCAGCGAGAUCUGCGAAUUCAUCAGCGGCCGCUUCCCGUACUACCGCGAGAAGUUCCCCGCGUGGCAGAACUCCAUCCGCCACAACCUCUCCCUCAACGACUGCUUCGUGAAGAUCCCGCGCGAGCCGGGCAACCCCGGCAAAGGCAACUACUGGACGCUGGACCCGGAGUCCGCGGACAUGUUCGACAACGGCAGCUUCCUGCGGCGGCGCAAGCGCUUCAAGCGCCACCAGGGCGGCGACAUCCUGCGGGACACCGGAGGCUUCCUCCCGGGAUUUUACCCCCCCUACGGCUACGGCUACGGCCUCCAGCUGCAAGCCCUGCACGUGCCCCACCACCACCACCAUCACCAUCACCACCCGUACCAUCCCGCCCACACUGGGGCAACGUUUCCGUUCCAAAACGCACCGUGCGCCCUCGCCAGUCCGCCCUCCGUUUUCCCGCCGCCGCCGCCGCCCCCUCCGUCGUCUUCGUCGUCCCUGUUGGGGGCAGAUCCGCGGAAGCCCUUCUACCCGGACACGGGGCUGGUGGCGCGAGCGCACAAGCUGGACAUGAACUCCAACUCCAGCGCCAACGGGACCGGGAGCGCGCCCGGGCGCCCUUCACCCUUCACCAUAGACAACAUCAUAGGCGCCGCGCCCGCGCCCGCCUACAGCCCUAACGCUGCGGCGCACGUGCUGGCCGUGAUCGCGCCCUCGCUCGCGCCGCCGCCUCCGCCGCCGCCGUCAACCCUGCGAGCUCAGACUUUCUCCAGCAAGAACCUGAACGGCUGCCACUUCUGACUGGACUUGAACUUGAACCAGCCGUUUUUUGUUUGUUUGUUUUUUUAUUUUAGAAAAAAAGCAAAACGCAUUUCAUAAGGUAGGAUUGACAUUUUGUGCUUUUUAUUUUGGGAAACUAAAGGUCUCACUCAAGUUUUUUGGGGGUAAAUUUGACACGCAGUAAGGGUGGAUUCAGGUAAUAUGGGACAUUAAAUAAUGCAGUGAAAAUAUUUCUGUUUUCUUACUUUUCCCUUUUUGGUAAAUGCAUUCAGAUUCCUCAGUUUAAAUCGGAUCCAGUAUAAUCCGGGUUCGUGUCACUUUAAUAGAAUCAACACUGCUAGGUUUAUUUACAUUUCAAACGAAAAAUAAUUUGUAACUAAUUGUAACUAAUUAAUUGUAAAAAGAAUUUUUACAGCAAACUCGAGAUUUAAAAAAAAAGGGGAAAAAAAAAACACACUUCACAGGGGAAUUCCACCCAUUUUUCAAAAUUUCCUCGCAGUACAAUUAUUAGAUGCCAACAUUCAUUCAGACUGCUUUGAUGUGAAAUGGUUCAUUAUAGAGAAACUUACAGACUCAGACUUUUACAGUGGUGGUGAUAGGAAGCAGGGGUCACCAUGACUACAGCACAAAGUCAUAUAGCCAUUUUAUUUACCAUCCAAACCCACCAGUGAACCUGCACGUGUCUUCUGAGUGUUUGUAUGGAAGACUGAUGAUGGUAAAAUAGUCGUGAAAGGGGGGAAAGGUUUUCUUAGGGGGACUAUUUUGCCUUAAAACACCCUGCAUGUAUCCUUACACCUUUUUAAAAAUACACUCCAGGCCAAAAAAUCAUGUCACAAAUCAGUUCACACAGCAACUUUGUGUGAGGGAUCUUCUAGAGGUGGACGUCUGGUUCCUAUCACCACCGCUGUGAACCAUUCCAGAUAAGUUUCUUUAGAACAGAGCAUUUCACACCAAACCACUCUGAACGACUCUGUUUACAUCUGAACUAUUUAACUAUUAAAAAAAAUGGAAGUGGAGUUACCUUCACACUUAUCUACACGAGCAAAUGAAAUCCUGUAAAAAGCAGCAUUCAGUUAUUUUUAUCAGUAAAUUGAACAGAUUCUUUGUGGGAAAUUGAAUGAAAGAAUUUCGCAAUCAAUGUGAGAUUGAAAAUUGAUGUCCGUAUUAUAUCUGAAUCCACCCCAGGAAUAAUUCUAUUUAUGAACUGUAAAUAUGUACAAUAGAAGCAUCGUGAAGGCAGAAAGAUCAUUUAAAAAGCAGCUUGAGGUUAAGAGGUUGAGAUUUCACCCUUUUUCACCUUUUUUCCUCCUAAAUCUACUUUUUGAGUAGAAAAUGAAAAUGUUCAUUCAUUUCGCUCGUUGUGCUCGAAUCCCUGUCCGUGGGCUUCAAUGAAGAUUGUCAUUUGCUAUUUUAAUGGUUUAUAAAUAUAUAUGUAUGUAUGUAUGUAUGUAUGUAUGUAGGUGAGGGAAUUUGUGAAAAGCACUGUUAAUAAUAAUAAUAAUAAUAAUAAUAAUAAUACCGAGAGCGAAAACUCAGGUCGAACUCGUUUCUUUGGAGAAGCACAUGGCUGGAGAGACAGUGGGGUUGUAAAUAGAUCACACAGGCUGAAUUCCCACUCCCCUCCCUAACGAAGUGGUCGUGGUCGUGAACUUAGAGUUAUUUUUCAAAUCUUAUUUUAUUAUUAUUAUUUUCGUCCGUAGACGAUUAUGUGGCGUUGGUGUAAAUCGCAUUACCUCUCAUUCUGUUUUUGUUUUUGUUUCCCUUGUGCAUAAGGUCUUAUUAUUAUUAUUAUUAUUUACAAUGAAAAUAAUCUGUGAAGAGGAUGUUGUUCUAUGUGUAAAGACGGAUGAAGCUCGUCAUGUCUAUAGGUCAUUUUGUUGUAAUGAUAAGAAAAUAAAUGUUUUGUGAAUUUUAAA